AUCAUCUGCGUAGCUGUGAUAACUCACUGUAUUUCUUGUUAUAACCUGAACUAGUGGGAGCAUAAAGUUGUUGACUAGAAGAGGUCCAAGGAUUGGACCUUGUGGGAUUCCACAUCUGACUUCUGUCCACUCCAAAGUCACAAACAAAACGCCAACAUAUUUGGUCAUUUUGAGCACAUCAAGUAUUAUUAAACUGGAUUUGAAAUGAUAAAACACUGACAAUAUCAAAACGUGGGUCAGUGGUUCUGUGGUGACCGGUGGGGGAUGAGCUCAACCAGAACUUGGGCCUCAUGUAUCAUCGGACCGACUCUGUGUGUUCAUUAAUAGAACCUAAAGAGCUCUGAAGUAAAACACCAAAUAUUUAGUCUGAAAAGAACAAAACGGCUGAAAUUUUUAAAAAAAGAAAACAGACAGCAGUUCAAUUAACAAUUAUUUGUUAUUUGAACAAAUAAAAAUGUAAAAUUAAUAUGAUGGGAAGUUAUUACUGCAGAAUCUGUUUAAGCUUUAAUGGAAUAAGUAAAAACAAGCAUUUGGGAGGAAACUGCAGAUGAAGAUUAUCUUUAUUCAAGAUCAACAGGAAGUUUCAUUAGAUAUGAAGCACGAAGAUAUUUUUAAAAAGUCAUUCUGUUCCACCUGCAGAGGACAGACGACACAUUUAUGGUGAGUUUUAAUACUUUUCUAACUAACGGAUGCACAAAGACACAAAACUUUAUCACUUUAUAUGAAAUAAGCUCAGAUUUAAAACAUUUUAUUAAAUAUGCAGCCUUUAUAAACUCUAACUCAGAAGGAUAUUUUAUUAACAGUGAAAAAGACGGGAAUAAAAGUCUUUCAGCUGUUUUAGUUUUACUGAAAACGUCCUGGAGACGCCCUGCUGUUGAGAAAAUAAGAGGCACAAAACAUUAUUCACAUUCAUCAAUCAUUUGUAAUAAAUCCAGCAACCUUUUGAAAUGAACUGUAAUCAGAGGUGAAAUAAUAAAAUGAAUUAUAAUAAAAUGUAAAAAUGUUUUUGGUCCUGAGAUAGUUGAACAGGAGCAUCAGAAUAAUGAGUCGUCCACAAAACGGUGAAGAAGGUCAGAACAUCAGAUCAGAUGUUAGUUUCUGUGAGUCUGUCUCCUGGUUCUGAUCCAGGUUCUGAUCUGGUUCUGAUCCAGUUCUGAUCCGGUUCUGAUCCGGUUCUGCUCUAAAUGCUUCUCAGGUGAAAACCCAAGCAGGACCUGCAAGCUGCCAGCAGGGCAAUAAUAACCUAAUAACCUAAAAUAAAAUGCAUUAAUAAAUGAGGAACAUUAAUUAAGAGGCAACAGAGUUUUAAUUAUUUCACUGUUGUUUACAAACAAUACAGACGAUGGAUGCAAAUAAAUAUCUGACUAGGAAUUAAAAUAAUAUAAAUGUCAUUUGAAUUAAAUGAAUAGAGAAUUUAAAUAGUUUAUUUUGUUUAAAAAUACUGAGAAUCAGACAGAAUAAUGAGGAAGUGACAGCAGAUGAAGAUUCCUCCUCAUCAUCAGGUUAAUGAGGAAGUUUCUUUAACAUAAAGUUAUGAAACACGAAGCUGACGCUGCGACAGAAGAACGGAAAAGUCAACAGAGGAGGGAGGCUGGAGGUAAACGUCUGCAGGAAACAUCAGCUGAAGCUGUUUUUGUCUUCAGUUUCCUCAUCAUGAGACGCUCACAGAGACACACAGAGGGUGAAAACCCAAGCAGGACCUGCAAGCUGCCAGCAGGGGGAGCAGUUCUGCUGGUUCUGGUCGGUCUGCUGGCUGCUGCUCUCAUCGUCAUCUGCAGACUCUCUUUUGUCAUCCUGGAGACCAGAGAAAGUCUCCAAACCCAGAAAGAGGAGAUUGAAGCUCUGGUGAAAAACGUCUCAGAACUAAAAUCCUCAGAGCAGUCAGCAUGUCCAUCCUGUCCUCCACCUCCUGCAGUAAAAAAUCUGACACGUCUGAAGUGUGAACCAGGCUGGGAGAAAUAUGGAGGAAACUGUUAUUAUUUCUCCACCACUGAAUCCUCCUGGAUUAACAGCAGAAGUUCCUGCGUUGAUCGUGGAUCAGACCUGGUGAAGAUCGACAGCAGAGAGGAGCAGAUCUUCCUGGAGAGCAGACUGAGAAACUUGAUGAAGGACGAUGAGGACAGGUUCUGGAUCGGACUGACGGACUCUGUGGAAGAAGGAAAAUGGUUCUGGGUGGACGGAUCUGCUCUGGAUAAAAGUUUGAGUUUUUGGUCUUCCAAGCAGCCAGACGACCUGGGUGUGAAUGAUCUACCUGGAGCGGACUGCGUGAGGAUGGGGAUGCCAGAAGAGAACAACCUGAACUGUUGGGCUGACAGAAACUGUGAUUCUCCUCAGAAAAGUAUCUGUGAGAAAACAGCCCAAGUUGUGCUGUGCUUGUGUUAAAUUCACUUUGUUCUUCAUCUUCCAGUAAAAUGUUCAUGUUGGAUUUAUUCUGUUCUCAGUAUCAACUGAAAGAAAAUAAAUCUUUCUGUAAACAAUAAAAAAACUUUUUAAGCCA